UGGGAUGCUGGGAAGGAUUCUCCAUUAGCCUGGCGCUCUGAAGUUGUGAAGCACUCUGAGCAUUCUGCAGAUGUGUCUGCAGGGACGACCUCACCAACUCCUACCUUGGAUGCUGCACAAAAGCCCAGCUCCCAUCACAGGGGUCCUACGACAGGAGAGACCAAAGGCAUGGCAGGCAAGAAAUUCCAGGACCCAUUAGAAGUCAUGUGGCAAAUGCUGAAGGAAUGUCUGCAGAGAAGGCAAGAAAUGAAAGGAGAGCCUGUGCAGAAGGAAGCACUUCCAGGAGGAAGCAGUGGUUCUGUGCCAGCCUCUGCUGCAGGAAGGGAGGCCAUGCCAGGCACAGGCACAGGAGAUGAGGUUGCUGGGAAGGCUUCUCCAUCAGCUUGGAUGAAGAAAGUUUUGAAGCCCUUGGAGCCUCCUGCAGAUAUGUCUCCAGGGAGGACUUCUCCAGCUCCUACCUUGGAUGCUGCACCCAAGCCCAGCUCCUAUGGCAGGGGUCCUCCACCAGAAGAGACCAAAGGCAUGGCAGACAAGAAAUUCCAGAACCCAUUUGAAUUCAUGUGGCAAAUGCUGAAGGAAAUGCUGCAGAGAAGACAAGAAGUGGAUUUUGAGCCUGUGCAGAAGGAAGCAUUUCCCGGAGGAAGCAGUGGUUCCGUGCCAGCCUCUGCUGCAGGAAGAGAGGCCAUGCCAGGCACAGGCACAGGAGCUGAACCUGCCGGUGAAGGCCCCACAUCCAAGACUGAGCCUCUGGGAGAUGCUGAGGGUGUGUCUGCAGGGAGGACUUCUCCAGCUCCAGGGCUGGAUGCUUGGCCCCAACCCAGCUCCCAUGGCAGGGGUCCUCCAAAAGGAAAGACCCAAGAUACUGCAGCCAAAAUGUCUCAUGAGUCAGAUGAAUUCCUGACACAAACACAGAAGGAAGCACCCGGAGGACAAGUGAUGGACCAAAAGGCUGUGCAGAAGGAGGAGCACCCAGGGAGAAGCAGUGGCUCAUUGGCAGCCCCUGCAGCAGAAAGGAAGGCGAUGCCAGACACGGGCACAGGCACAGCAGAUGCAGCCGGCACCACAAGACCUGUUCCCAAUGCCCAGGAUGGCCUUGGAAGGGAUUUCUGUCAGGGAACAGGCUGCUGGCUAGGGUUACUGGCCGGCGUGCUUUGUUUGGAGCUUGUUUUCAUGUUGUGCUGCUUUGGAAUCGGGUAUUCCUGGAACAGAAAACAGAGCACCUCGGGACAGGAGUUGGAAGACGGUGGCUGCACCUCACACCAGACAGCGUGAGCAGCUCCUCCAGCAGCAGGAACGGCCUGGACAGCCCUCUCAAGUCUUCUGUGAAGAGGACCCCAGAACAACCGUCUACGAGGAAGCCUCUUAUUGCCCCGUAGAUCCCACUGCCACCUGCUCUCCCCAUGGGCCUCCCCAAGCUGCCUUCAUCCCUUUUUUCUCUCCAUCUGUCCCAUCCCAGCCAACUCGAGUUCCUCUAGAGACCCCAGGACCAGCCCAGCACCUUCCAGCCCCUCCUGAGACCAACACAUCCCUUCCUCUGCCCCUGAGCCCCCUGGCCUUGCCCUCUAAGCAGCACUGAAGGUGACACCCCACCCU